AUGGCCUCUACAUUGAGAAUCGGAACCUCUGCUCUUCGUUCCACUGCUCUUGCCGGCAAGCCGGUCUUCCAGUCCGUCGCCUUCAAUGGUUUGCGCUGCUAUUCUACCGGCAAGGCCAAGUCUCUCAGGGAGACCUUCGCUGAUAAGCUCCCCUCAGAGAUCGAAAAGGUGAAAAAGCUCAGAAAGGAACAUGGUCAUAAGGUUAUCGGCGAGGUCACCCUUGAUCAGGCUUACGGUGGUGCCCGUGGUAUCAAGGCCUUGGUGUGGGAGGGCUCGGUUUUGGACUCCGAGGAAGGUAUUCGUUUCCGUGGCCGAACUAUCCCGGAAUGCCAGGAGCUUCUUCCCAAGGCCCCCGGUGGCGAGGAGCCUCUUCCCGAAGGACUUUUCUGGCUCCUCUUGACCGGUGAAGUCCCCUCCGAGCAGCAGGUUCGCGACCUGUCUGCUGAAUGGGCUGCUCGUUCUGACCUUCCCAAAUUCAUCGAGGAGCUCAUCGACCGCUGCCCCAGCACUCUGCACCCCAUGGCCCAGUUCUCUCUGGCUGUUACCGCCCUUGAACACGAGUCCGCCUUCGCCAAGGCCUAUGCAAAGGGUAUUAACAAGAAGGAGUAUUGGACCUACACCUUCGAGGACUCCAUGGAUCUCAUUGCUAAGCUGCCCACCAUUGCUGCGAAAAUCUAUCGUAAUGUCUUCAAGGAUGGCAAGGUCGCUCCUAUCCAGAAGGACAAGGAUUACUCUUUCAACUUGGCCAACCAACUCGGCUUCGGCGGUAACAAGGAUUUCGUUGAGCUGAUGCGGUUGUACCUAACCAUUCACUCCGACCAUGAGGGUGGUAAUGUGAGCGCCCACACGACCCACCUUGUCGGCAGUGCUCUGAGCUCUCCCAUGCUCUCUUUGGCUGCUGGUCUGAAUGGAUUGGCUGGUCCUCUUCACGGAUUGGCCAACCAGGAGGUGCUUAACUGGCUCACCAAGAUGAAGGCCAGCAUUGGCAACGACCUCAGCGACCAGGCCAUCAAGGAUUAUCUGUGGUCUACCCUGAACGCUGGCCAAGUCGUUCCUGGCUAUGGCCAUGCAGUUCUCCGUAAGACGGAUCCUCGUUACGUCUCCCAGCGCGAGUUUGCCCUUCGCAAGCUCCCUGAUGACCCUAUGUUCAAGCUGGUUAGCCAGGUCUACAAGAUCGCUCCUGGUGUCUUGACCGAGCAUGGCAAGACCAAGAACCCCUUCCCUAACGUUGACGCCCACUCCGGUGUUCUCUUGCAGUACUAUGGCCUGACUGAGGCCAACUACUACACCGUUCUGUUUGGUGUCUCCCGUGCUCUUGGUGUCCUGCCUCAGUUGAUCAUCGACCGUGCUCUGGGUGCCCCGAUUGAGCGUCCCAAGAGUUUCAGCACCGAAGCCUACGCCAAGCUUGUCGGUGCUAAGCUGUGA